ACGCUUCUCUUUCCAUAAACCCCGUGACAUCCAAAACAACAUAACAAAGUAGGGGAAACAUGGCGAGCGGAGAGGAGGCCAGAAGACACCCCUCGGUUACCUCCUCUUCGGUCGGGCUGGAGUCUCUGUUCCCCGCGGGGUCUUCGGAGCAGGCCGGCGGGGACGUGAACCCGGAGCUCGUCCGCCUGAAGGAGCGUCUCCAGGGCUGGCUAUCGCAGUACGAGCCGCCGCUGCUGUGGGUGCAGAGGCUGCUGGUGUGGGAGAGGCCGUUGUACAGCAUCUGUGUCGCCCUGACACUCAACACAUUAUUCUGGCUCCUGUCGUCCACCUCCCUGCGGCCUCUCUUCCUGCUCAGUGUGUCCCUGUUGGGACUCAUGCUGCUGGAGAGAUGGAAGCCCAAGUUGCCCAUCAUUACCGUUCAACACGCAGAGGCUCACCCCGUGCAAAGGUGUGUAGUCGAGGAGCAGCAGCGUCUGCUCAGCAUCCCUGAACUCAGUCACCACCUGGCGGAGAGCUACCUGACCUGCUGCCUGUACCUGCAGGAGACGCUGCAGUACAAGAGGCAGAACCACGGCAAGUUCUGCGUGAUGAUGUGCAGCGGCUCUUUCGCGCUCGCCGUGGUGGGACAUUAUGUGCCUGGAAUCAUGAUCUCCUAUAUCAUAGUGCUGAGCGUGCUGCUAUGGCCUCUGGUUGUGUACCAUGAGCUGAUCCAGAGGAUGUACACGGGCCUGGAGCCCAUCCUCAUGAAACUGGACUACAGCAUGAAAGGCGACACAGAGCACCGCAAGCACGACAAGCGGAAGGUGAAGAAGGAGGUGGAGGAGGGCGACGAGCCGAGAGCUGAAACGGAGAGUGAGAGUGAGGAGGAGCUGUCGUGUUUCGCCCCGACGGUGGAUGUGAAAACCACCGCCCUGGCGAUGGCGAUCACAGACUCGGAGCUGUCCGAUGAGGAGGCGUCCAUCUUGGAGAGCGGCGGGUUCUCAGUUUCCAGAGCCACCACUCCUCAACUCACCGACGUCUCUGAAGACCUGGACCUGCAGAGUUUACACAGCGACCCCGACGAGUCCUACCUGAAGGAUCUUCCUGAGUUCCCCUCAGUCGAGGAGUUCCCGUCCAUGGAGCACAACCUUCUUCACUUCCCCCUGCGCGGUCAGGCGGACGGAGCCCAGGCCGGCGCUCCGUCAGAGGGGGAACCUUUGAGCCCGGCCAGCCUCCUCAUCCAGCACCUCGCCUCUCCGCUGCAUUUUGUGAACACGCACUUCAACGGACAUGGACGACCACCUGGAAGCGAGGGGGGGAUGUCGCCUGUGUCGAGUGGAGCAACGGUGGCAGCGGGGAGCGAGGAAAAGGAGAAGGUGGAGGAGGAGGAGGAGGCUGCAGUUACCCAGGAUGCACAGCGGUCUUUGGAGGCCUUGAGCGAGGAGAUCGUGAGCACGGCUAUCUCCACUGUGGUGCAGAACACUCUGUCAGCCCUGCUGCGCUCCACGGAGGCCAGCGAGGACCCCGCCUUGGCCGAGUUCCUUCCCACUGAAACCCCACCCAGUGCUUUGGAGACCUCCACCCAGCCCGCCGCCGCCGCCGACUCCGCCGCUCACACUACAGUCACUACAUUAGGGCCGCUAGGGGCUGACGAGGACCUGGAUGAGGGAACAGGGAGCGGCGUGGGAGAGGAGAUACCUGAUGACACACUGGUUCCAACCGAGGACGAGGACUUUGAGCUUCUGGACCAAAGUGAACUGGAGCAUUUUGAUGAGGGGCUGGACCUCGGCUCUGACAGACAGGGGGUGGGAGGAGCCUCAGAGACACCUCCAGCCAAUCAGCAUCAACCACAGUCAUAGCUUCCCCUUUUCCUGCCCUGCCCCCACCUCCUACCGUUUUGUUUUUGUUUGUACGUUAGAACUACAUUAUAUUCAUACAUACUAUAUACAAAACAUUUAUCAAAGAGUUCAGAGUUUAAUACUGUUGGUUGGUUGAAAUGAAGCGACGCUCUGCUUUGACGUUACAAGGGUAGACCCUCACUAUAUCAUGAUCAUCAGCCUAUUUGAUGUAAGUCCAAUAACGGCGCAGCGUUGGUGUGCUCACCUAAACACACACAAUCUAAAACAGAUCAUGGAAUUGCAGUUACAGGAGAGUUAUUCAUUCUGCGUUCUUGUAGUAUCACAUUCAACGAGAGCAGCUUAAAGGCACAACUGGCUAAAUGGAGAGAGGGGGGAGGGGGCAGCAAAGCAUUUUACAUGAGGUUCUUCUUGAUAAUCUAGCAGACGAGUUACAAUAAUGAUGCCUUUCUUUUCUUCGGGAGAGCGUAAAAGGGGGAAUUCUAGUAUUUUUAAACCAUGGAAACAAAGGGCAUAAACUAUGUGAAUCUCCUCUCGUUGAUUGCUUCAGCCAGCAGCAGUGAAACAGGCCGCACUGGCUGUAAACGUAUCCCUACAGGCAAAUGCACUUAGUUAAAGUCCACUAAAAGUCUUUGCAUUGGCCGCUGACAGGCUCUGAUUGUUACCUGAAGUGUCUGCUCACCUGUGUUGCAGCUGCAUGAACUGGCCUCACACAGCCAGCCUUGGUUCUAAAAUACUGGACUUCCCCUUCUUCCCAUCCACCUUGUUUUGGUUCAGAAGCAGAUGUUUAUAAAGAUGGUGUUACAAAGAGUUGAAACGUCGGGUUAUAUAACUAUUAAUAUAUGCUAUAAAUUAUUUAAUUUAAAGAUCAGUCGAUGACACUUUAAUGUUGGGGAGUUAAAAAACAAACAAAAGCAAAUUGAAUCCAUUGAGUUACCCGUUCUGAUUGUAUGAUGAUAGUUUUAAUGAUGGCCGUGCAGGUUGGACAUGUAGUGACGUUUAUUAUCCUUCACUUAAUCCCAGGGUCUCCAUGGUUACAGGUCAGGACGGAAACAUUGGUGGUCUUUCACUUGUUGCCUGAAAACGGAAACUUGACAUUGUUGGAUGUUGACAAGUCGUAGAUCUUUAAGUACACACAGAAGUGUUCCUGAGUUUCCUCGCCGGGAUUGAUGCCUCAUUUUUGUUUAGAUUUGUGAACAGAUUUCAUUUCAUUCAUCCAGUCUGAACGUAACUGACUAAUGGGCUACACCUUUGUUGGACAACACAGGCUUCUUGUAACUGUACAGUCAUCACUGGGAUAUGUAAAUUGAACUAAUAACCUCCUUCGUGCCACGACAAGUCCAUGCAUGCCGUGCAUCACGCAUGUAUCCACCACGAUCAAUAUCUGAGGUCAAGAGUUUUCCUUUUCGCAGAGCUGCUUCUUUUUGAUCUGUUUUCUCGGAGACAAAACGCGGUGACGCUUGCAAAAAGAAAAGCCGACUGUAAAGAGGCCCUUUUUGCUUUUUUUGGAAACCACUCAGCAUCCAAAUCUCAGGGGUGGGUUGUACAAAUUGAACAUAGCAUCGCAGAAUAUGUUUCCCGACUUGUCGUAGUGCGUUGUAUUUGUACUAACCUUUCCUUUUCCAGUCGAUGCCUCCUUGUGUAUAGUGUAGAAACAUGUAUAUUCUGCAUGUAAAAACAGCACUCUGUUCCAAGUUCUCCUCGUCGACUGACAAAGUUUCUGCACAAUUUGUGAGAAAAUCAAUUUGAAUGUUUCAGGUUUAAAAAAAGAAAAGAAAAGCCCAUGCAUUCAGUUACCGAGCAGGGGAAUCCGAGCUUUGAUGUGUCCUCUGUUUAUGACAGAAACCAGUGAUGACACCCCGUUUAGAGACGGACAUUAACAGACUAGUUUGUGUAUGGUAGUAGUGUGAUAUAUGCUUAAAAAAAUACUGCUUCUUGAACUAUAUAAAAAGGCACUUACUGAACUGUACAAUUUUAAAAAAGGAAUAUAUUUUCUAAUUUCUCCUUUUUCCAUAAAGUACUCAGUUUGAUCUUUUACAUCUAUAAAAACUAUAAAGGCAUUCGGAUGAGUUUCACACAGCGGGAAAAGUUUAAUGUCUUUAAACUGGUCAAAAUAAAAACUGCAAACUCCACGUGUUGAAAGUCAGAGAAAUAAAAGGACAAACUGAAACAAA